GCCAGCCACCGCCUACUCUUUCUCUACUCCAAUGGCUACCCCACCCUGCACUCUCUAGAGAGGAUCUUCUCAGUGGAAACAUAUGUUUGAUGAGAGACACCGCCCUUUUCUCUCUUUUUUUAAGAGCAAAAAGCCUAUCCUUUCUCUCUUUUCCUGCUCCAAAAACCCUAAUUCAGAUCUUAUAGAGUGAGGAAGGAGAAGGAAGAAGAAGAAGAGAAAAUAUUUCCUCUUUCUUCGUCGUGUUUGAAAAACUGUAAUAUUAUUCUCUCCUCCUUUUUUGUAGAUAGUUUUCUUCUCCGGGUGAAAGACAAGAGGAAAGAAGGUACUGCAGCUUCCAACGAAGAUCGAUAUCAGGGCCUCAAGGGUAGCUUUAAGGAUAUGGCAACUUUCUCAAAGCUGGUUUAGAAGGAUAUAUCUUCUUUUCAUUCAAUUCUCGGGUUCCUUUGUAGUGGUUUCAUAAUUGCCUUUUGGAGCUAAGACUAUAUCCUCGUUUCUGUUUUUGCUACUGUGCAACUAUCACCAUCUAUCCCCGGUACUUUGCAGGUUUUCUACUUUUAUUUAUUGUUGCACUUUUAAAAAAGAAAUAAUCAAAGCUUUUGCCAUGGAUUCUGGUAACAGUAGUAGUAUGCAAUCUUCAAGUGGUGGUGAUGAAGAGUAUGACUCACAGCCUGAGUCAGUCCCAGCUUUAUUGAACACUUCAGGCCACUUUAGUACUCCCCUAUCAAAUCCACACCCGUCACUUGUCUCGCACCACCAUGAUCACCCAUCCACUUUCUUUGAUCCUUCAGCAAAUUAUCUCAACCAUUUCUCUCACUCUCAACCAAACAAUUCACUGCUAAAUCUUGAGGGGGUUAGGCCUCGGAGGCUUAGAUCUGAACCCAACUGCGCGGACCUAGGUAAUCUACCAGGCUCGUCAUCAUCGAGCCAGUACUCUAUCUUAGGUGCACAAGGACUCAAUCAAGGUUCAUUUCCAAGCUCAUCAUCCAUGCAAUCCAGACCAUCUCAUGAAAAUGGUGUAAGAUCUUUAACACAAUCUGAUCAGACAAGUGUUGUCAAGAACCCCAGGAAGCGAACAAGAGCAUCAAGGAGAGCACCCACUACUGUUCUCACAACGGACACAACAAAUUUUAGAGCAAUGGUGCAAGAAUUCACUGGAGUCCCUGCACCACCAUUUUCCGUUUCAUCAUAUUCUAGAAGGCUUGACCUUUUUGGCUCUGGCUCAGGUAUGCGGUCCAGUCAUUUGGAACCUGUAGGUUCUCUCUACCCUCUACGUCCCUCAGCUAAAAGGGUUCAGCCGACUCCAUUUGCAUCUAAAUCUUCUCCUUCAUUGUUAAAUAAUCCUUUAGUUGUUGCUGCUAAUAUUACCAGUACUACUAGCAAUAGCACCAUCCCCACUUCUAUCACUGCCACAACCAAUGCUUUCAAUCCAACUUCUAGCAACUAUCAACUUCCUUGUGAUUUAGGCCUACUAAAGCAGCCUCAGAAUAUGUUAAACUUGCAGAACCAGGGCCACGUCCUAUCAUUCCAGUCCUUCCUACAGCCUACUCCACUUCACCCUUCUCUAAAUUUGCCUGGUUUCAGUGUGAAGUCACAGGGAAGUUCAAUCAUGCCUUCCUUUGAUGAAUUGGGCUUGAGUCAUGGUCAUGUUAAUGCAAACCUCAGUGGCUUACAAAGUCAUGAACCAGACGGGGCACGUCUAAGGAGUGAUAGCAACUGGAGAGAUGGGAUUGGAUUGAACGGUGGGAAUCAAGAUCAUUUGAGGCCUAUAGAUGGGAAUUAUGGUAAUAAUACUGAUCAUAAUUAUUCACAAAGAGUUAACGGCUGCAAGUUGAACUGCUCAGCUUCCUCAUCAGAUUUUCCUCAUGACAAGGGAUUGGAGAACGUUUCUUCUAGAGCAGAAGGUACAGUUGAUUCAUGGAUUUGUCCUGCAGACUAGAAUUACUUACUAGAACCUGUUUAAUGUACAGAAAAUUGUCAUCCAGAAGAACUAGAAGUUUAAUAUGAAGAGGAUUUUGCAGCAGUAAUCAUAUUAUAUUUUCAAUUUAUUUAAGUAGUUUAGAAUAAUUCUCUAUUAUAUUUUCAAUAAUUUUGGGUCGGGGAACUCCAACAUGUGAUAAGAACCAAGGAAACCACAAUAUGCAAAUUAACCUUUUCUUCCUCGUACCUUGUCUAGUGGGAGAAAACAAACAGGUCGGUGCUGUUAACAAAAGGCCUGUUCUAUUCCUUAAAUCCCCCGACGCCAUCCCCAUGUUCCUUGCCAACCCGAUUUCCCAUGUGGUCCUAAAUCUUGUUUCUCUUGGGAACUGCUUGUGCCCAAAGCUGCUUAGCCUUAGUUUGGAUUGCACAGUUGGUACGGUAUAAUACG